ACCGUAGGUCCACAGUUCACAUGCACCAUCGGUACAGCGGUGUUUCAGUAUUUAAGCACGAUCGGGCCCACGAGAAGGUCAGCAGAAAGCAUUCGGCGAUCGUUUCGGGCUGCGGCUUCUCGAAACGGACGCAGUGAAAGUGUGCGCCUCGAAAUUCGAGCAAGACGACAAAUCGAGCACACCUGCCAACCAGCAGCACCUAGCCCCCGUAUCCGGUGCGGGUUUGUGUUCAGAUCAAACGAAACACGUUCGACCGGUUAAUUCGGCACCAAAGUGUCGGAUUCGGUACCGAUCAUUUGCCUUCGACGAUGGCCUGCUGAGUGGUUGUGCUAAAGUUCCAUCUCGAAACAAAAGUUUGCUGUGCUGGCGCUUGCAAAACGUUCCUAGUGAAAGUGUCCUGACAAUAUAACGACGAUCGAAAUUUAACAUUGUACACCUUUACUGGGCAGGUUCUAGAUUUGCUAUAAGUUUUCAUUUGCUUCGUGCGCCAACAAUCACCAUGGUGUUUUCAAUGUGUCGGUGCGUGUUAUUGCUGCUAAGUGGCCUAUUGUUCGUCCUAAUCUGUGAUAUUGAUCGUGCACAGGGUGCUUCCAUCUACAAGUCGCCUAAUCUAGACGAUGCACGCUAUUGGCGUCGAAAUGCCGCAUCCUACCUCAAGAAAGUUUUAACGUACGACGAAAACCGUCGUAUGAUACCGGCGAUGGCGAAGAACAUUAUCAUCUUCGUUGGUGACGGUAUGGGUAUUGCCUCACUAUCAACGGGACGCAUCUUCAAGGGCCAACGUGCGGGACGUUCGGGCGAGGAAGAACAGUUGAGUUUCGACAACUUCCCCAACACGGGCAUGUCGAAAACGUACAACACUGAUCGGCAGGUACCGGAUUCGGCCGGUACCGCUACCGCCAUGUUCUCCGGCAUCAAGACAAAGUACGGCGUGCUCGGGGUGGACUUUACAAUCACCGAGACAAAUUUGGAGGCAGCGAAGGUCCCGUCGUUCAUGGAUUGGGCCCAGGCAGAAGGUAAACGUACGGGCAUAGUGACCACGACACGGGUCACACAUGCAACACCAGCCGCCUGUUACGCUCACACCAUUAACCGGAAUUACGAGUGUGAUGCAAAGGUUCCGGUGAAUCUUAAGAAACGCAUUAAGGACAUCGCUCGCCAGAUGGUUGAGGACGAGCCGGGCAGGAAUCUACGUGUCGUGCUUGGUGGAGGUCGAAACCAUUUCGGUGCAUCCAGGCCAACACACCUCAAGCCGGAGUAUCAAUUCCAAGGUGCUAUGGAGAAGACUUGCAUUCGUACCGAUGGACGUAACCUGGUUGAGGAGUGGCUACAACGCACCAAUGAUUCAAAUGCUGCAUACGCCUGGAAAACGUCCGAUCUGAAAGCGGUUGAUCUGGACAAGGUAGAAUAUCUGCUCGGUCUGUUUAAUGAUGAUCAUCUUAGCUACGAUUCGGUGCGAGACCGAUCUCCAGAUGGAGAACCCUCACUGAGUGAGAUGACUGAGGCGGCGAUCAAGGUACUGCAGCGACCCAACUCACCUGGGUUCGCGCUCAUGGUUGAAGGCGGUCGCAUCGAUCACGCACAUCAUCAGAACCAUGCUCAUCUAGCGUUGGCCGAGGUUGUUGAGCUAGACAAAGCGGUCGAAACGGCACUCAAAAUGGUCGACCUUGAUGAAACGCUUAUCAUCGUAACAGCAGAUCAUUCUCACGCAAUGACCUUCAAUGGCUAUCCAGACCGGGGAAACGACAUUCUCGGCUUUGGUAAUCGACCCAACGCAACUCCUUACGAAACGAUUACCUACGCAAAUGGACCCGGGUUCCUGCAGCACCGUUGGAACUCCAGCGUGUUAACGGAGGAGUCAACCGAUUGGGCAACCUGGGUAAAGCUGGACCAGCUCAACCGGAGCGAAGUCACUUACCGGCAUCUUUCCGCAUUCCCCCUGCCGGAUGAAACGCACGGUGGUGAAGAUGUGGCCGUAUUUGCUUCCGGACCCGGUGCUAAUCUCGUUCGCGGUACGUUCGAACAGAACUAUAUCGCGUACGUAAUGAGUUAUGCCGGAUGUAUGGGCCCGGCCAAACAUUUCAACCUUGCCUGUGACGACGACUUCCGGCAGGAGUAUACAAAAGCGUCCAGUGCUCAACGUACCGUCUGCAGUAUUGCACUAGUCAUCGUUUUCUUGCAUGCCAUCGUACGAUUAGUCAGGCAAAUCUAAUUUUUAAGUUUUAUCGUACUUUACCGUUUAAGUACUGUCAUGAACAUUGAUCGAUGCUGGCGUCAAAAUCUUAGAACAAAAUAUAUAAUACACUACCAUUAAA